AUGAUAGUUCUCACCGCUGCCUGCAAGGCAAAUCAUGCUCUUGUGCUCCCGGCUGUAUUACUUGCCGAAUAUGCAAGUCAAGUCGGCUCCGGGACUCCAAUAUCGAUCAUAUAUGAAGAGGCGGCUGAGUCACUGGGCCCGGCCAAAGAGUACCUCAAACUCGCUGUGGAAGAGGGAGUAUACCUUUAUGAUCAUGCUGCCUUUGAUUACCUGCGGGAUAAUCUCCCGUCUUCUAAAGUCGGCAACCAGGAUCAGGUAUCCGAGUGGAUUUCCCGGUCUCUAGAUUUGACAGUGGGUGACUUCAAGUCCAUAGAGCAACCCCUCAGAGAACUCGAUAGUCACCUUACGCUUCGCUCCUUUGUUGUCGGAUACUCGCUUACUCUCGCCGACCUCGUGGUAUGGGGAACUAUACGUGGAAACAAAGUAUCAAUGUCUACAAUUAAACGGCAAGGUGGGAACAUACUUCGAUGGUUUUCUCUCAUCGAGCUGGCAAAUCCCUGGAUCAAUCAGGUUGUCCUCGACUUGGAGGCUCCUGCUCGCAAGAAACGAGCUGCUGGUAGCGCUGCUGGUGCAAGCUACGACAUUGGAUUAGGCGAGGGAAGCAUCGUCACCAGAUUCCCGCCAGAACCUUCUGGGUAUCUUCAUAUUGGUCAUGCGAAAGCCGCCUUACUUAACGACUUUUUUGCCCAUAAACAGGCUGGUGGGGUUUUGAUAUGUCGUUUUGAUGACACGAACCCGUCAAAGGAAACAGCUGAAUUCCAGGAUUCCAUUCUCCGCGACCUUGAAUUGCUCGGUAUCAUACCGGAUAGAGUAUCAUACUCUAGCGACCACUUUGAUCUUAUGUUUGAACUAUGUACCAAACUAAUUUCCCGUGGCGGAGCAUACGCUGAUAAUACCGAGAAAGAAUCUAUGAACCAGGAGAGAUGGAAUGGAAUAUCCAGUAAGUGCCGAGAGCUUAGUGUGGACGAGAGCCUUGCACGUCUCGCACAAAUGAAGUCAGGCUCUCCGGAAGGGCUGGAGUGGUGUAUCCGAGCGAAAAUCUCAGUGGAUGAUCCCAAUAAAGCACUUCGUGACCCAGUUAUAUAUCGAUGCAACCCCCAACCACACCAUAGGACUGGUGAUACCUGGAAGGUGUACCCUACCUACGACUUCUGUGCGCCAGUCCUGGAUUCUGUUGAGGGGAUAACUUACGCCCUUCGAACCAACGAGUAUAGGGAUAGGAACCCUCAGUAUACAUGGAUACAGCAGGCGCUAGGUCUUCGUGAAGUUACCAUCUGGGACUUUGCUCGAAUGAAUUUUAUACGAACAGUUCUAUCAAAGAGAAAGCUUGCAUUGUUGGUUGAGAAGAAGGUGGUCUGGGGCUGGGAUGACCCGAGGAUGCCAACCAUCCGCGGCAUUAGGAGAAGAGGGAUGACAAUCCCUGCUCUCCGUGAAUUUAUUCUAAAGCAAGGGCCAAGCAGAAACAUUAUCAAUCUUGAUUGGACAUCGAUAUGGGCAAUCAACAAGAGAUUUAUCGAUCCUAUUGCCCCUCGCUUCACGGCAGUGAUGAAGGAGAAUAUGGUCCUCGCCAAAAUCCAUGGUGCUAAGGCUGAAAUUCAAGUUGAGCAGAAGCCGAGACACCCGAAGAACCCUGAGCUCGGGAUGAAGAGUAUUACCUACAGUAGUAAUAUUUACCUUGAUCAGGAAGAUGCAGAGUCAUUCUUACCCAACGAGGAAAUCACUCUGAUGACAUGGGGUAAUGCGGUUGUUCGUGAGAUUGUCAAAGAUGAUGAAACACAGCAAAUCGCUCACAUUGAGCUAGACCUUCAUUUGGCUGGAGAUGUCAAGAAGACGAGCAAGAAGAUAUCCUGGCUAUCCAAAGAUCAAGACCUUGUGCCUGUUGAGUUGGUCGACUUUGAUCACCUCAUUACGAAAGAUAAGUUGGAGAAGGAAGAUGAUAUCAUGUCAUUUGUUAAUUGGAAAUCCGAGUUCCGCUCAUAUGCCUGGGCCGAUGCCGCCGCAAACGAGCUCCGAGAGCACGACAUUAUUCAGCUUGAGCGCAAGGGGUAUUAUCGGGUUGACCGUGGAUUCUCCGGCGAGCAGCCUCUCAUCCUUUUCUCCAUUCCAACUGGAAAGACUCUCUGA